AUGGCCCUGGCUUUUGGCCGAGCAUACAGCAAUGGCUGCUAUGAAGACAGUCCCCCGCCAGGGAAGCCCGGGUCUGCUCAGAAGACCAUCAGCCUCACCUCCAUCACCCUCCUAAACCCCUUCCCUAUUAGCCCGUUUGAGCCUCAAGCUUCCGGCAUGGGGCCCCCAGAGCCCUUGGGUACAGACUCACUCAGCUCUCGGGCCGAGCUGUUCUUACAUAACCAGCAGCAGGGAGCUAUGGGGUCUGCACCUGGCUCCAUGGACCGUGCCUACACUAGCCCUCGGGCCUUCCGAGGGGCGCCGCAGAACCUCUCCACGCAGCAGAGGAAGGGAAGGCCCCCGGCUUGCUCUGCCGGCAUCCACCAAGUCAUCCUGGAUUGCCGCUCGCUGUGCGAGGCCGUGCGCGCCGGCUGCGCGCCGCUCAUGGAGGCCUACGGCUUCCCCUGGCCCGAGAUGCUGCACUGCCACAAGUUCCCCCUGGACAACGACCUCUGCAUCGCUGUGCAGUUCGGGCACCUGCCCGCCACCGCGCCUCCAGUGACCAAGGCCUGCGCCCAGUGUGAGACGGAGCACAGCGCCGACGGCCUCAUGGAGCAGAUGUGCUCCAGCGACUUCGUGGUCAAGAUGCGCAUCAAGGAGAUCAAGAUCGAGAAUGGGGACCGCAAGCUGAUCGGAGCCCAGAAGAAGAAGAAGCUGCUCAAGCCGGGGCCCCUGAAGCGCAAGGACACCAAGAGGCUGGUGCUGCACAUGAAGAACGGGGCGGGCUGCCCCUGCCCGCAGCUCGACAGCCUGGCGGGCAGCUUCCUGGUCAUGGGCCGCAGGGUGGACGGGCAGCUGCUGCUCAUGGCGGUCUACCGCUGGGACAAGAAGAACAAGGAGAUGAAGUUCGCCGUCAAGUUCAUGUUCUCCUACCCCUGCUCCCUCUACUACCCCUUCUUCUACGGGGCCGCAGAGCCCCACUGAGGGGCGCUCCUCCCAGCCCCUCCGGCUGCGCCUUGCUCUCUGUCCCCACCCUGCCCCGCCCAGGCUGAGCAAUCUGCUGAGGGUGGCGUCAGGCCACUGUUACUGGCGCAGGCCCCCAGGGAUGGUCAUGGAGCCCACAGUUGUCCAUGACCGAGGGGUCCUGGGCUUUCUCGCUCAGACGCAGGGCUUUUUCAUUUCCAGGGGACUCUGGGGUCUCGGGAAGUAGGGAGAAGGAGGGGAGGGGGGCUCAGAGCCAGCCAAGAAGGUGGUUUCCAGGGCAGGCAGGUGUCAGCCUGGGACUUCGCUCCUGGGAGGGAAGUGUCGGCAUCAAGGCUGAGCUUCGUGCCAGGCAGCUCACUCCCGCUGCCUCGUGUCCCGGCACGGCCCCCGGAAAUAAAGGAGUGAGGGUCUCCAUGCCUCCAGCCACACCCCGCUGCCUUCGCCAUCUCUGCUCAUGUCCCUACUCCCGCCUAGUGCUCCGAUCUCGGGGUUCACCCCCAGCCUCCACACCGCCCGCCCCCCGAGGAGGAGUAAAUUAUUGCUACUGCUGUGAGGCCGUAGGUACUAGACCACAGGCAGCGUUUGGUUCUUCAUUUCUUUUGUAAGUUUUUAAUUAAAUCAAAACAAUAGUUG